AUGCGGCAACUGUUCCUGGACUCGGCCCGGGAGGGGGACAGCGAUCUAUACGACCAAAACGAUGUGCACACUGUCCGCACCGAUGACUACGCUGUCCAUCGGUUUCUAAUGGCCAACGAUAUGAACGCCAAACAGGCCUACAGUCAGCUCCGGGAGGCGUAUCGAUGGCGCCGCGAGUUUCCCGUUCACCGGGACUUUAGCCACUGUGGGGUAGAGGUGUUUCGGUGCGGCGCUAUAGCGGAGCUGGAGCGAAUUGUUGAGGAAAUUAUAGUGACCACGUUUGAAAAGUUGGACCAAUUGGCGGGUGACAAAGGUUUUACUGUUGUAAUGGAUGUGUCCGGUGCCGGUCUGUCCAAUGUGGACAUGCGUGCCGUCAAGUUUAUGAUCAAGGUGAUGCGACAAUACUACCCUGAGUCAUUACGUUGCGUACUAGUGGUCAAUUUGCCUAUGCUUUUGGGC